UUAGGUUGUGAAAUAGGUUUUUUCGGCCUGCAUUGUGAAAGUGCCUGCAGAUACCCGAGCUAUGGGAAAAGAUGUCAACAACAAUGCAAUUGCACCCAGGAAUUUUGUGACUUUGCCAGUGGAUGUCGAAAUAGUUCAGAUUGCAGUUUUGGAUAUUAUGGCGUGGCCUGCUCAGAUCCCUGUAGAUUUCCUAGCUUCGGAGAGAGAUGUCAAUAUGAGUGUAACUGUGCCAAGAAAGAUUGUCAUCAUAUUACCGGGUGUCUAUUAGGCACAGAAAUCCAAGAUACUAUCUCUGUGUGGAAUGAAACUUCACAGGAAAGUUCACGUACUUUCAUGGAAAAAAUUAAAACAAUAAUUAUUAUUGGAGGAUCUCUUACUUUUACUUUCAUUUUAAUAUUUGUGUUGGUAAUAAUCAUCAUGGUGAGGAGAGACAGAAGAUCUGGUCAAAGGAAGGAAUUUGAAUGUAACUUUGAUUCCGAAUUUAGCUCGUGCCAUUCGUCACCGGACGAAACAGUGCAAGGUACAUGUACAACUUCCGCCAGAUAUGUUCAAAGCUUUGAUUUGAACGGGAAGUCGGUAGAAUGUCACGAAUUUGAAAUAUAUGAAAAUAUUUGUAUUCAGGGAAACAGCUAGGGAGGGACAAUUAACCUAUUAAAUCAAAUUUCAACCAAUGAUUACUUCGUAAAGACUUGUCACUGAUGUAGAACGUUUGCUCAUCUUUACGUGAACAAAGUUCAUUAUAUUGUAAAAUUUAUGUUUUCUCUAUUUUGUAUACCGGGUAUGGAUAGGAACUUUA